AUGCCUAAGGUUAGGAACGGGCCUUCCAAACGCAUGACUUCACGUCAGCGUCACAAAAUCGAGAGAAAGAAAAGGGAACAUAAACGGGACCUUCGCCGAGCUGCAAAUUCUUUGAAGAAGUCUGGCUUGGGUCCGAAAAGAACGAAGAGGAGACGAGAGCUCGCUAAAAUGGCCUUAAAAGUAUCUAACGCACACCCAGAUAAGGAGGCUAUCCUUCAGAGGGUACUUCAAGCACGUGAACACGCCUGUUUCAAACACGCCAAACAGCCUGAAAAGUCUUUUGAAGAAAAUGCUGAUCAUCGACAUCUGGAGUCGGCUUGUGUGGGGACGUGCUCUGUAUCCUCAUUGAUUGAGGCUAAAAAAACUCUUACUUAUAUUCCUUUUCAGGAGUCCAACAACUUUUCAUAUCAAUUCAACAAGACUCUUGAAGAACUAGUUUUUCCACCUCCUGGGUCAUUGCUGAAGCUUCCAUCGGUUGCAUAUUUGAUUACCCUAGACUCCCGCUGCGCGGUUCAGUGUAUACCAUGGGGUCUUAUUGAUGCAAUUGUUCAGGAAAGUAAUAUUUAUCACAAAAGCGGCGGAAUGCGCAAAAUUCUUUUACUGUUUGCUAUCACCAAAGUGGAUCUUGUUUCCGUGGCAGCCGUGGUUACCCAAAUUUCUCUUUUGGCACAUGCGCUUUUUGAAAGAUAUAUGAAGGUUACCAAAGACGAAGAGUUUUUGAAAUUUAAUGACGUUGUAAGUAUUGCUUUUUGUCCUUUUUCUAAAAUAUUUGACAAAACAACACGACACGUUAUUCGUAUUUUGAGACAAUUUUUUUUGAGUGAGCAUUGUUCAAAUUCCAAUCAGCAUUGCAACCUUGAAGGAAAACUUUGUUCUUUUGUUAUUGGACUUCCAAACACGGGCCGCCGAACUCUAUCUCGCACAUUGCUACAGCACGGUACGGACUCUUGUGUCAGUCUUGUCCCUGUUUCUGCUGCCCAAUUACAAAUGGUGGCUAACAAAAAUGGUCAUAAUGAAGAUGUAAGGUUUAAAUUGGCCUUUCCCAAUGCGAAGGAAAUAACAUUACUACGUUUUCCAGAAGAUGCGGUAUUUUCUCGUGAGCUUUCAUCUUUGUCUGGAAGCGAUGUUGUGUUCAAGCCUUUUUCCUUUGUUGAACGAAUGAGUAAUCCUGAAGUUAUAGGCUGCAUACUUUUCGCUGGUGCAAUUGACAAAGUUGCCCUUGCGCAAGGAUUUUGUCAGCCUGGAGAAGGUUUUAUUGGAUCUUCUAGCGAAAAACAAAAUAUUAAGGCGGCUCAACGUUUUUUUCGAAGUCUCGGGCACACUGUACGAAUGGAAAAAGGGUUUUACGUUUCCCCAUUAUUUGUGUCGAAUGCUGGGACAAUGGGAAAGAUCUCUAGUAGUUCUUUGACAGCCUCUGUUGGUUUUGCAUCUCGUCAGAAAAGCACACAAGCAACUCUUCUUGAUACUUCAUUUAGUAAUGCUACUCCAAACAAGCUUGUACGUAUUUCUUCCGUGGUGGCUCCUUCUCGUGGGAAAAAAAGGAGUAAUACAAGCGUGCGACGGAUGGAUUCUCAUAAUGUCUUGAAACUUGGUGCUCGAACUUUUGUUCGGGAAAUUUGUCAAGGGAAAAACGUCCCAUGGGCAGUUAUGCGACCUCCCACAAAGAAAAGUUUAACCAAAACAGAAGUGGAUGCGGCUUCCGUCCUUUUUGAUAUUUCUCUCUGCCUGGGGAAAAGACUUGGAACUCUUGAGGCACAUCAAAAUCCCGCUGAUCACUUUGCUGUCCUUUUGGAUCAUGUAGCUUCCCUUUUAAAAGAAUAUUUGGUUUUUUUGCCAGGCAACGUGGUGGAGUUUGAUCCUGAUUGUAUUGUUGCCCCCAUCCACGAUCUUUAUAACACAGAAAACGCCACCGAAGAGGAGUUGGCCAACAAGAUAAGAGGAGAUGGAUGUGAGGAAAAAUAUGAUGAUUCAGAUGAAGAUGAAAAUGAGCAACAAGAAGAAUAUUCCGACUAA